GACGACGUCGCGUACGCGUGCAGCUCCGGCGGCCCGCCGUUCUGGUGCACCUUGACGCUGCCCGGGCUUGGCCUCGCGGGCCUCGCCGAGCCCCAGGCCUGUACCAGCGACGCGUGCGAGAGGAAGGUGGAGGCGGAGCAGUCCGCGGCGCAGCGCAUGCUGGAGCUCGUGCUCAACAAGCCGCCGCCCUGUUGGCGCGGAG